GAAGGGGCGGGGGCGCGCGCCGGCCGCCGGCGGGUAGUAAAGGCUCCGCCGCGCGCGCGGGGGUGCGUGAGCGGCAACGGGCACCGGUCGCAGGGUCCCGCCGCCUCCAGCCGCCAUGGUGGCCACCGAGGGGCUGCGGGAGAUGGAGGGCAGCGCGCUGCGGCGCCUGGUGUGCCGCGACGAGGCCGCCCCGGCCGGCGGCCCCGGGCGCUGCCUGGUGCUGGACUGCCGGCCCUUCCUGGCGCACAGCGCCGGCCACAUCCGCGGGGCUCUCAACGUGCGCUGCAACACGAUCGUGCGGCGGCGGGCCAAGGGGGCGGUGAGCCUGGAGCAGAUCCUGCCGGCCGAGGGCGAGGUGCGGGCGCGGCUGCGGGCCGGGCUGUACGCCGCCGUGGUGGUGUACGACGAGCGCAGCCCGCGCGCCGAGGCCCUGCGCGAGGACAGCACCGUGGCGCUCGUGGUGCGCGCGCUCCGCCGGGACACGGCGCGCGCCGACAUCCGCCUCCUGGCAGGCGGUUAUGAGCGUUUCUCCUCGGAGUUCCCUGAAUUCUGUGCAAAAACCAAGUCCCUGAGCAAUGUGUCGCCCCCCACCAGCGCUGAGCCCCUGGAUUUUGGCUGUGGUUCCUGUGGGACCCCUCUUCAUGACCAGGGUGGUCCUGUGGAAAUUCUUCCCUUCCUCUACCUUGGCAGUGCCUACCACGCUGCCCGGCGGGACAUGCUUGAUGCUCUGGGCAUCACGGCCCUGCUGAACGUCUCCUCAGACUGCCCCAACCACUUUGAGGGGCACUACCAGUACAAGUGUAUCCCCGUGGAGGACAACCACAAAGCUGACAUCAGCUCCUGGUUCAUGGAGGCAAUUGAGUACAUCGACUCAGUGAAGGAGUGUUGUGGCCGGGUCCUUGUCCACUGCCAGGCUGGUAUCUCCCGCUCUGCCACCAUCUGCUUGGCUUACCUGAUGAUGAAGAAGCGUGUCAAGCUGGAGGAGGCCUUUGAGUUUGUCAAGCAGCGCCGGAGCAUCAUCUCCCCUAACUUCAGCUUCAUGGGGCAGUUGCUGCAGUUUGAAUCGCAGGUGUUGGCCACCUCAUGUGCAGUGGAAGCUGUCAGCCCCUCUGGGACGCUGCGGGAGCGGGGCAAGUCCACCUCCACUCCCACCUCCCCGUUUGUCUUCAGCUUCCCAGUUUCUGUCGGUGUCCAUGCCACCCCCAGCAGCCUCCCAUAUCUGCACAGCCCCAUCACCACGUCACCCAGCUGUUAGCUCAGGGGCUGAGGCCAGGCAGAUAGUGCUAGGCGUGGAGGUGACUGUGGAGCCCUGUGAUAUUAAGCAAUAGUGCCGGACACUGCCAUUCACCCUGGACUCAAAGUGUUUUUCGUAAAGAAAUUUCUUACCUCAUCUUGUUUUCUUUUUUUUUUUUUUGCUUUUUAUGUUUUGAAAGCAUGAAAGUUGUAAAAGCCACAAAUCCUGACAUUGUCCAGGCUCCUUGGGGAUGAGAAAAAAAAUAGUAUACUAGGUUUCAAGUGCCUGGUCUUCAUCUCUUUCCAUCCCUAUUUUAUUGUCUUGUUUUUUUAGACAAAGAUACACCUUCCCCCUAUUUCUGACCCUAGGUCAUUUGGGUUGAAAAGGCAGCAUUCUCUCUUUGUGCUGCAGUUUCCCCCCUGCCCUUGCAAGAAGAGACAAGUGUGUGUUGCAGGUGCUGCUCACCUGAGUCAGUGACACUGGGUGAGGAGCGGUGGCACAGGACUGCCUGCAGUCAGCCUCAGCCCAACCAGUGCUGGAGGAGCCAACACGGGCUGAAUCACCAGCUGAGCCUGUUCCUGCUAGGGAGAGCAACCUCUGUGGCUUGGAGGGGGUGAUGCAGUCCUAAAUGGCUCUUUUCUUGCCUCUGUGGAUCUCUGGUUCCUGCAAAACUUAGGUCCAAUCUCCCAUGGCUUGAAGAAGAGAAAGACAGGGGGGCAGCAGUCUGGGCUUUUGAUUACUCUGUUUUGUUUCCUCCACACCUGUCCCACUGCUGCUCUUGUUCCAGAAGGAGCAGUCUGGGAUCUGGUUGGGCUGUCAUGGAGAAGCAGCCCUGUGGAGGAGAGGCUGGCCCAGAGAUGACCCAUCCAGCACAGUCAGACUUCCUCCACCUCAUGACAGGCCCUUUUCCACCUGAGCUGGGUCUUGCUCACCUGUGCAACAUGGCUGCAGCUUUUGGUCCAAGACUAGAAAAUGCCUCAGCUUCAACCCACCUGGAACCUUCUUUCUCACCAGACUCCUUCCCCUGAGCCCAAUCCAACACACAAGAUGCCUGUGUGAGUGAUGUACAUAUGUAUGGUUUUGUUCUUUUAUUUUUUUUUUUUUAAGAAAUUAACUUUUUAUUUAUUUCCUGAGGGAGGGAGAAAACAAAUUGUCUGGAGAAAAUAAAAAUAAACCUGUUUUCAACA